CUUUCCCAAGCCCUGUCUCCUCCCCCAAUGCCCACCUACACCCCUCAGUCUCCCAGGCUGGGGACAAGCCAAUCCGUUGCCCCCGAAAUAUGUGCUGGGAAUCCUGCAGGCAGGGAAGCGUCUCUUCCGCCUUCCCCCGGCGCUGCCUAGGCCAGCCAGGGACUACAACUCCCAGAAGUCUCGGGGAGGCUGUUCUUUUGAGUGGCUGGGACGCUCAUGAGUGACUGAUUCACUGGCCAAUGGUGUCAUGGGCUUCGCCCUUUUUUUAAAGCUCAGACACCAAUCACAAAGGUGGUUGGCCGGAUGCUUCCUAUUUUGAGGCAUCCACUCGGGAAAAAAAAUGGAAUUGAAAGGGAAAAUGUUUCAAACCAGCUCUCAAGCUAAAAAAGGAGAGAACGCUUUGCUUUUUUUUUUUUUUUUUUUGACAAAUGGAAUAUGAUCUAAUUUUUUCGAUCUAGCUUCUACUAUUUUGUAUGCUCUGUCACUUCUGGGCAAUUUUUUCCUGGUUUCAGAUUGUCGAUGUUAUUGUUGGCAAAGACGAAAAAGGCAGAAAGAUCCCAGAAUAUCUGAUCCAUUUUAAUGGUUGGAACCGAAGCUGGGAUCGUUGGGCAGCUGAAGAUCAUGUGCUCCAUGAUACCGAGGAGAACCGGAGAUUGCAGCGGAAAUUAGCAAGAAAAGCUGUAGCUCGCCUAAGAAAAGGAAGAAAGAAGAAACGCUGCAGGCUCCCAGGUGUCGACUCGGUUUUAAAAAGCAUCCCUGUGGACGAGAAAGAUGAAAAUUCUGAAAACUCAAUAAGCAGUUCCUCUGACGAGAGCAGCCAGGAAACUAAGGCCGAGCUAAGUGAAGAAAGUGAAGGUGAAGAAAAGGCUGAUAAGAAAGAAGACCCCAGGCUGCACCCAAAAAGGGCCAUGGACGAAAGGGCAAUCAGUAUAGACAUCCCUGAAGUCCUGAAGAAGAAACUGGAGGAUGACUGCUAUUAUAUUAACCGGAGGAAGCGGUUAGUGAAACUUCCAUGCCAGACCAACAUCAUCACUAUCUUGGAAUCCUAUGUGAAGCAUUUUGCUAUCAACGCAGCCUUUUCAGCCAACGAGAGACCUCGUCACCACCACGUUGUACCACACGCCAACAUGAGUGCGCAUUACGUCCUGGCUGAAAAGAAUGUGGACCUUUGCAAGGAAAUGGUUGAUGGAUUACGGAUAACUUUCGAUUACACACUUCCACUGCUUUUGCUCUACCCUUAUGAGCAAGCACAGUAUAAGAGGGUGACUUCAUCCAAAUUUUUUCUGCCAAUCAAGGAAAGUGCCACGAGUACCACCAGGAAUCAAGAGGAGCUGUCCCCGAGCCCGCCAUUGUUGAAUCCAUCCACACCGCAGUCCUCCGAGAGCCAGCCCACCUCAGGGGAGGCUGCCACCCCGAAACGGCGCAAAGCUGACCCGGAAGCCUUGCAGUCUCUGAGGCGCUCCACACGCCACAGCUCCAACUGUGACAGGCUGUCUGAGAGUAGUGCCUCUCCUCAGCCGAAGCGUCGACCCCAGGACACGUCCGCCACCAUGCCUAAGCUCUUCCUGCACCUGGAAAAGAAGACACCAGUGCAUAGCGGAUCAUCGUCCCCCAUUCCUGUUACUCCUAGCAAGGAAGCGAGUGCGGCGUUUGCUGGCUUUGAAGGGAGACGAAAUAAUGAAAUAAAUGAGGUCCUCUCCUGGAAGCUUGUCCCGGACAAUUUCCCCCCUGGUGACCAGCCGCCUCCACCCUCCUACAUUUACGGCUCACAGCAUUUGCUGCGCAUGUUUGUAAAACUUCCAGAAAUCCUUGGGAAGAUGUCUUUCUCCGAGAAGAAUUUGAAGGCUUUACUGAAGCACUUUGAUCUCUUUCUGAGGUUUCUGGCGGAGUAUCAUGAUGACUUUUUCCCGGAGUCUGCCUACGUCGCUGCCUGCGAGGCACACUACAGCACCAAGAACCCCCGAGCCAUGUAUUGAGGCCGAGGCAGCGGGCUGCCCAGGCUCCAGGCAGGGGCAAGGGACAAUAGUGGACGUUUCUUCUCUGGCAGAGGACAUCGCCAUUCUGCCACCUGCACCGGGAGCUGUGGCAACAGCCCUGUGAUGUGACUGGUUUUUUGUGAAGAAUGAUUGCCCCGAAGCCAGGCUGGCCUCUGACAGCGGAUGCGCUGGUAACAGCUCUCAGCAGUCAUGUCAGCGCAGCGACAGCCUGAUGUGCAGAAAAAUGAGCAUUUGCAGUUUUUUGUUAGUAAUAAACUUUUUUUUUGGAAUUCAUACUAAGUGAAAAUGCUUUGCAGACUUUCAUUUUCGUGACCAGGACUGGAUCCCUCCCCCCGUCCCACAAGCAUGAAUCACACAGAACCUGCCGCCACGUCGGAACCACAGAGGGAAUCGUGCUGAUGGCAACAAGAAAUGUACAGCUGUCUUAGAGCUUCCUUGCUGUAAAACAUUGUUUUAGAAAGUGUUCUCUGUCUUUUUGGACAGAAGUGUUCCCAGCAGAGCUUUUGCCUGCCUGUAUUUUUUCCCCCCAUCUCCCCCUCCCUCUCUCCCUUUCCUUACGCCUCCGCCCCUCCCCCCCUUCUUUGCUCACUUCUUUCCCUCUUUUUUCUCUCAUUGCUUCGGUCCUCUGUUGGACCUGUGUACCUGACUUGGUUUCUUUUUAUUAUUUUGUUUUUUGUUUUACCUUUGUAUGUUUGUUGUUAAGAUCUUUUGUUUUCUUGCCUUUUGAUCUUUGUCUGACUUUGGGGCACUGUGCCCUCUCAUCAGCUUGCUGCCACCCUGUGGGUUGGUCUGGGGCUAAGGCCAAUGCAUCUUCCUUCCUCAUUAUCAGCUUACUGACACCCCCCCCCAAAAAAAAAAAGAAGUGAAGUGACCUUUUUAAUCCUCCUCCUUCUGCCUCAUCUGCCACCUCCUUCCCCUGACUGCUAGGACAUUUCACAUUGAGAGGUAAUCUGGUGUGUCUGCAGUGUGCUUUAAAUUGUGGGCAAAAUCUCCAGUGAUUAUUCAUGACCUGAAGAAAAAUUACAUCCUUUUUAAGAACCUGUGUGUUCAGUGUCGCCAGUGAGAUGUCCUGUCUCUAAACACCUCGACUGUCAUAAACCUUGGUAUUAAAGUGAAGUCAUUUUCUA